AUGUUAUGUUCCGCACGCAACGCCAGGUUCAAGCGAGUGGGCUCAACCCGCGCAGACGACCGAGGACCCGAGCACAACGACAACGGCAACGACGACGUCGACGACGACGACGACCAUGCUGUCGCGGCAGAGGCAAACAGAGAGGAGCCGCUGUGCACCUCCAGCCCCGCCCGGCACGAAGGGAGUGACGACCACCUCCAGCCCGUCGAUGACGGGCGGUCGACACACUCCCAACAUUCCAGCACAGCCAUGAGCGACACGCUCGACGCGCUCAACGUAACCGACACGCUCGACGCGCUCGACGUAAGUGACACGUUCGACGCGCUCGACGACAGCGAGUUGGUUUCGUCGGGCGAGUUGGUGGACGCCCUCCAAAGCGUCUACGGCCCCGAACCACCCUCCGACACAGAGGCGACUGACGCUCAUGGCCCUAAUGCGCUCACGCCCGCGCAAAGCGGGCACCAAGGAGGCCCAGCCUCACACCAACAUGGAGACCACGCCGCAGCGCGUGCGCCUCCCCACGGGGCCGUCGAGGCCCAACACCAACAGCCGACGGCGGCGAACACCACGGCGGCGUUGACCACGGCCGCGUCCGCUGCACACGAGCCAGCCCAGGCUGCUACUCCCGAACCCCGGACCCCUGCGGAUCCUGGUGGUGAGGAGCAGAGCGUCCCGGACACACCGCUAGCGGACGUGUUCGACCUUAGGCAAUGCUGCGACGACACCAACUGCUGGGUGAAAGACCACACCCCGUAUGCCCACGACGGAUCGUUCGCAGGGCCCUUGCCGAAGCUCCCCUGCCCCUUCGGCAACUGCAGCGUGCACUCGCACAACGCGGCAGAUGGCCACAAGAACCUCACCGCGCUCGCCACUCACAUACGUACGGCCCACCCAGAACAUGCCAUACCCGGCCUCGCGGCAGCCCUCGGGCUCGGCUUCUGCACGAAGUGCGCGUACGUGUGCUCUCCGCGGCACAAGUGCAAGCACGCGGAGGCAGUUCCGGAGGACCCGCCCGAAACCCACUACAAGCCGGAGUCGUGGUGGAACGCCAAGUUCGCUACUUUCGAGCAAGAUCUGGUGUCCAGGGUGGCCAACGUGGACGUGUAUCACGGCGUCAAGACGGCCGUCGACGUCAGAGUUCGCUCCCCGACAGAACGACGCGCAGUCCUGAUUGCGGACUCCCUGAUCGGACAGGCGUGUGCCUUCGCGGACGACCCCGACAACGACGACCAGUACACCUACCUGGACGCCGGCGUCUACCUCCUUCAACGCGUUUUCGCCCGCACGCCCCAGCACUUCCUCUCCCAGAACAUGACGCUGGCACGAAUGCGGAUGCUGGCCGCACGGGAGUGGGACGAGCUGGAGGAGAGUGUGACGCGGAAGCCCAGCGGACGCCCGGCCACGGGAGACCGGGCGAAAGCACGGGCGGCGGCGAAGCGGUUUCGAGCUGGGCAAAUGUCCAAAGGCCACUCGAUCCUCCGCGACACCGCCUCCGUCGCGGAGUGGAGCGACGACAUCAAGGAGCAGGUGAAGCAGAAGAUCAUCACGACAGGCAGCGCAGGCCUGCCCAGCAGGGGCGACGACAACAGCGGCGGCGACGCUGGCGGCGACGGGCCACUCGCCAGAACCACCAUCGACGAUCUCCCGGUAGAAAAGAUCACGGAUGCGCUGUACACGCUGGACAGGCAGGCGGCGGCGGGCGCCACCGGGCUCACGCCCGCGACCCUGGCGCAGCUGCACGAGCACGGAGCAUCCCUGCCGAAGCUGGUCAACGCGCUGUAUCAUGGCAAGUUUCGGAAGCGCAUGCCACUCCUCAUGGGUGGACGCGUGGUGCCGCUGACGAAGAGCAAUGGCGGCAUCCGACCUGUGGUCCCCAUGGACAGCAUCACCAAGCUCCUGGAGAAGACGGUCUUCAGCGCGCACAAGGCCGAGAUCGCCGACGCCCUAUGCCCGCACCAACUCGGCGUCGGCAUCCCCGCCGGCACAGAGUGCAUCGUGCAUGGCCUGCGUGAGUACCUGCGGGCCCACCGGGACCACGUGGCGCAGGCGCUCGACAUCUCCAACGCCUUCGGGGCGGUGACGCGACGCUCAAUCUACGACGCCAUCAGCCGCCGCUUCCCGAGCCUCGCACAUUGCUUCCUGGCGACGUACGGCCAGGCACCGGUCGUCGUCACACCGGGUGGCGACACCCUCCACAUGCGCGAUGGCAUCGCGCAGGGCGGUCCGCUCUCACCGGCGUAUUUUGCCCUCGCCACGAUCCACGCGCUGAAGGAAACCGACAAGGCCCACCCCACGGUCACCGUCGUCGCGUACCUUGAUGACACCUACAUCGUUGGCCCGCGCGAUGACGUCAAGGCGGCCGCGGAGCGGCUCGACACGGAGAUCCGCCGGACGGGGCUGAAGAUCAAUGAAGGCAAGACGGUCGUCAUCCCCUACGGCGACCAGACCGCGAAAUUCCUUCGGUACUGCAUUACGACCAAGUCCGGCUACUUCAUGCGCACGACCCGUCGGUCGAAGGAGUACUGCGAAGCGCUCGACGACAUUAUCGCGGAGCAGCUUCGGCGCAUGAUGGGCGCCUUCAAGCCCCUGUCAUCGCGGGCCCUGACGCGGGCACGACGACCCAUCAAACAAGGAGGCCUUGGGCUACGGAGGCAGACAAGCGUCGCCCCCGCCGCCUUCCUCGGCUCCGUCUGCAGCUUCAGCAAGAGCCCUCACCACCCUUUCCAAGCAUACACCACGCCGGGCGCCGAAUUGGAGGCGGAGAUAGCGCAAGCCAUCGCGGAUCUGCACCUCGGCGACGACGGCCCCCGUGACACGAGGGACGUUCUAAACCACGACGCUCGCAGCUUGCAGCAGUUCCUGACCCAGAUCAUGGACAGGAAGACGGGCUGGGACGAGAACCCACGCAACCGAGCCAUUCAACGAGGAGCCAGCCUGCACGGCGGCUACGAGUGGCUCCUGGCCCUGCCCAGCUGCAAGGACCUACGGAUGUCGGACAAGGUGUUUCGGUUUGCUCUGAGCCAGCGGAUUCGGACACCUUGCUCCGAGUCGCGUGCAUCAGGCAGCUGCUACUGCUGCGGGCGCGAGAUGAAGCUGGACCACGCAGAAGUCUGCGACUCCACAAGAACGGGCCGGCACGACUAUAUGCAGAACGCCAUCGCCCGGGCCUUCAUGCAGCUCAACCGCCGCGCGACACAAGAGCCCUCCGGCUUCCCAGGCGCAGGCGGCAAGCGCGGUGACAUCCUCAGCUUCGACAAGUCUGGCGAUUACACCGUGUUUGACCUCGUGGGCAUUGACGAUAUGCCCAAGGUUGCGUUUCAACCACCCCCUUGCUCCUAUGAAGUGCGAGAGGCCGACGGCCUGAGCCCACAGCUGUGGAUUGAGGAGACAUACAUGCGGCAGAACCCGAAGCGGCACUUCUCCCCGCAUAUCCCUUGCCACGUCAUCACAGACAUCCGCACGCGUAGAAGGUCGAGGCUAUGCGCCAUCUACCUCGAGCAGCCCGACAGUGAUCUCACCAUCGUGUUCAGCCACGGCAACGCGGUCGAUUUGGGGCAAAUGGCGGUGUUUCUGGCGCAGCUUGCGGCGCAGAUCAACUGCUCCAUCUUUGCAUACGACUACUCAGGCUAUGGCCUCAGCACAGGCUCACCCUCGGAGGCCAACUUGUAUCGGGAUAUUGAAGCGGUUGUGGACUGUAUCACGCAGAGAUUUGGUGUACCGCGCAGCUCCAUCUUGCUGUAUGGGCAGAGCAUCGGCACCGUGCCCACCGUCGACUAUGCCGCCCGCCACCCGGACCUUGCCGGCGUCGUCCUCCACUCCCCGCUCGCUUCAGGGCUGCGCGUGUUGAAGCCGACGUUGCAGCGGACGUACUGCUGCGAUCCGUUUCCGAGCAUCGAGAAGGUGCACCGCAUCAACAUGCCCGUCCUCAUCUUCCACGGCAAGAAGGACCAAGUCAUCCACUUCAGCCACGGGUAUGCACUGCAUGAGCGCUGUCCGGGCUCUGCAAAUCCCGUGUGGAUCGACAGUGCCGACCACAACGACAUUGAGAUGUAUCCGCAGUACAUUGACAACCUCGCCAUCUUCCUCGAUCAGAUCAGACACAGCUCCAGCGACUCUGUUGUCGUCUAG